GAAGGGAGACAGUCAAUGAAAACCUAGCCGUCCAUGACGACACAAUUUAGUGAGUCGCUAUGAAAAUCGUGUGUUUAUCAUAAAAAAGCGAGUUGUGGUGUGUGCCCCCCGUGCGCGUAGAACUCCAUCAGAAGACGUUCGUUGAUUGUCGCCUCGUCGUCGAAAUGUUUUGGUUCGCGAUCUGUGCCCUCCUGCUGACACCCAUCGCCUCGACGGAGCCGUUCGACGAGUACACAGCCCCCAAAUUGGACGUGGACAAUUUGGAAAACGGUUAUCACGGCCUUGUCAAAGAGAACGAGACGUUGGUCGAAGUGACGCCGGCGAUACGCGCCAUCGGCGAACAAGUUUGCAGUUUUCGCAUCGUAAACAAACACCAUGGAGAGGCUCCUUUUGAGAUUGUCUCGAAAGAAGACGGCUAUGCCGAACUCAGGGCAAGGAGGGUGCUCAACUGCGAGAAAAGGAGGAACUACAAGUUCGACAUAGCCGCCGUUGGCUGUAACGGCAAGCAGAGCGUCAGUGCCACCGUUCACAUCACAGUCUCUGAUGUGAACGAAUACGCACCGACUUUCUCCGAACCGAGCUACGUAAGACAAGUCGAUGAAGGACGAAUCUACAGCGAGAUUGUCCGUGUGGAAGCCACUGAUCGUGAUUGUACGCCGAAAUUCGGCGACGUUUGCAAAUAUGAGAUACUCACUUCGGAUCAGCCGUUUGUCAUCGACAUGGAUGGAGUUAUUCGGAAUACAGAGCCAUUGGAUUAUGAGAGGUCGCAUAAUCACAUACUCAGCGUCGUGGCUUACGACUGUGGAAUGCGUCAAAGUUUGCCUGUCAUGGUCACCAUCAAAGUCAACCGUGUCUGCAGACUCGGCUGGCGAGGACUGCCGGAAAGAGUCGAUUACGCUCCUACCACCGGCAAACAGGAAUUGUUCCCUUCGGCCAGCUUGGAAUUGUGCGACGUUCCAUGUAACGUGAGAGAAUUACGAACGAGGGUUGAUUUAGCCACCAGACAUAUCGGUAAGGGUUGCGAUCGUGACACGUACAGCGUCCAGUCUCAACGUAAAUUAUGCGGGGCUUCCCCGUCGGCUAUUGAUCUACUUCCGAGUCCAGGAGUCGGUGCCGAAUGGACGAAACCGUUGAUUUCCGACGAGGGACAUGAAUCGGAUCAGAUGUUCGAGUUUGACGGUUCUAGCACUGCCGUAUCCAUUCCGAAUUCGGUUUUGGAUCAUAAUCUGCCGUCUACGUUCACGAUAGCCACUUGGAUGAGACAUGGACAACAUAAUGGACAGGACAAACGGGUCAAGGAACAUAUUUUGUGUUCGGCUGACGACCAUAAAAUGAAUCGCCACCACUACGCUCUCUUCGUCCGCAAUUGCCGCCUUAUCCUCCUCCUCCGUCGCGACUUCUCCGAAGGCGAUCUCAACAUCUUCCGACCGGCCGAAUGGCGUUGGAAAAUCCCUCAAGUAUGCGACGACCAAUGGCACCAUUACGCCGUCAAUGUCCGUUUCCCCGAUAUUGAACUGUUCGUCGAUGGCCAACUCUUCCGUUCCGAGAAGAAGAAUCCGGAAGUUAUCGACGAUUGGCCACUUCAUCCAACUAAAGGCAUCAACACGACGUUGACAGUCGGCGCCUGCUGGCAGGGUUCCGACAACAAGAUGAAGCACCAUCUCAAGGGCUAUCUUGCCGGUUUGAGCGUCCUCGUCGGUGAGACGGAAAAACCCGAAGUGUUGAGUUGUUUGCAUCAGUGCAAGGAGAGUCUUCAAGUGCCAGCGAUGGAAUUACUGCAACCAGGAAUGGAACUGUUAACGAAUUCGGAUCUAACGGAAGUUACAGUAGAGGGAGAUAAUCGUACGAAUUUGGAAACUUUGGUGAGGAAGAUCGGAUAUGCGAAUAGUCGGGAGUUUCCGACGCCCGGAAGGAGGAAUUUGAGGUUGACGACGACGGUUACUUGCGAUAACGGCAAGACAGUUAAGGUGCCUGAUGCGCAAACUUAUGUUAUGGUUUUGAGGCCGCAAACGCCAUCGAUUAAUCUCAACGGGACAGGGAAUAUGGCGAGGAAGUAUGAGGACUUUAGGAUGGGGGUUCGCGUCUUGGCUGACAUCCACAUAUCUGGGGAACAAAAGCUCGACAAAUGCUCCUUAACCAUCUACCCUAACUUGAACCCGGAUCACGAGAAUCUCAGCGUUCCGGAAGAAAUGUUAAAGAGACUCGGAAUGGCAGCUCGAGUAUCAAAAGAUGGCGUUACCAUCACCGGAUCCGACAUGGUCUUCAACUACCAACAAGUACUCAGACAAAUCGUUUACACUAACCGAAAACCCGCCUACUAUCUAAAUCGGGUGUUCAAAUUAACCUGUUCCGAAUUGAACGGAAGAUUCACCUCAAACGAAUACGUGCAAACUCUGACUGUGAUCCAUCCCCAACCUAAAGAACCCAUCGUUGCUCAUGCGACUGUCAAUAAACACAAUGUUGAAUUGCGACCAGCGUCGGUCGUUUCACGCGAUUACAUUCCUUCAGAACAUUUGAAUUUGGUUGCAAGUGGAGGUUCGCAUGCUGUUACAAUAAUCGUCGUAGUAUGCGUCGGAUUUUUGUUGUUUAUGAUUGUAUUGGGGGUGAUCAGAAUCAGGGCGGCUCAUCAUAGAAAUGCAUCGGAGGAGGCGCAGGAUAGCGAGAUGACUUGGGAUGAUUCCGCGCUGACAAUCACCGUUAAUCCGAUGGAGAACGCCGAACGCAAAUUGGAAGGUAACUCUGCCGAUUUCAGUGAAAGCGAUCAAUCAGAUUCGGACAGUUCAUCGGACGACGACAAUAUUGACGGUCCGUGCCGAAUUCCCGACUCUUCAGACGACGAGGAAGAGCAACCGGCUCGUAGUCGUAAACACGACUAUCAAAAUAUCAGCCAACUAGAAUGGGACCAUUCUACGAUGUAAAAAAAAAUUCCAUCUUCAACAAGAGGGGAGGUGAGAUGUUUCAGUGGUGAGUUUUAUUUUUAAUUCGCACCAAUUGAAAUGUCACGGUUCGGAGGCGGUGGUAUAUAUAUAUUAUUAAACAUAAAAUCUAUACGCAAAGGUUUGAGCCGUAUAAGCAAAGCCUUUUCGUACGAAAAAAAUAUAAUAUAUAUUUCGCGGGGCGGUCGUAAAACUAUCAAAAAGGGGAGUUUUACGAACGUGUCGCGAUUGAUAUCAAUAAUAAUCGUCCAUAAUGUUAGAGUUAUACAAGUUGUAUAUCCCUUUCACUUAGCUAUUAGUAUAAAAAAAAGAAAAGAAACAGCUAGGUUAAGGGUGUUGAGGUAGUUUCAACGGAUUCGUUGGAAAUAUCAAACACCCUGUAUUGAUAUAAAUAGCUAUUUCCUUCAUCCUUUCGCUUGGAAUCGCCUGUUUGUUUUCGGUUAUUUAAGGGCAGCCAUAUUGUUUUUAACACGUAGUUAUAAAUGUAAGUUUUACGUUUUUAAGAUAAGAAAGUCUUUCGAUCUUCAAUUCGAAGCUUCGACAAUAAUUCAGCUUGUUUCAUUUAUGUAACUCAGUGAGGUGGCAGCAGCUUUAUCUAAACCGAAAGACUUUCUUCCAAUUUUUUUUUAAAUUAUUGACCUAACUUUUAAGGCCUAGGUUAAAACACAAGUAUUUUUUUUUCCUAUUUUUUAUUGUAUUAAUUAACCUAAACGCUUUAUUUUGUACUUACGUAGUUUUUAAUCACUCACUUCACUCGAACUAUUCCUCGUAUUGUCAUAUCAAAUUUUGUACACUGUUUUUUCGAAUAUUUACGUUCUCAACGCAACAACAACAAAAAAUGAAUUUUAUUUGAUUUUAGAAUCGAUGUUUGUGGACUCUCUCGCACAAGUUUCAUGUCUCUAAAAUAAUAAAACAAAAAAGGUGUACAUAAGGUUUUGCAGCUAAAUAGUAUUUUUUUGUAUCGUAGACGAUGGGUACUUAACGAAUAAAUAAAAUGGUUUAUUUGUUACAAGAAUACGCGGUAAAUUUAAUUAAAAGGAUGCAAUAGUAGUUAUGUAUAAAAGAUGAACAAAUCUAUAUCAUAUUUGCAAUAUGUAAGUGUAUUGUUUUUUGUCGCCAUUUUGUUUAUACGUGUUGGCAUCUUAGAAUAGUAGCUGUGAUGUUGAUGAAAAAAUGAGAAUGUUUUAGUAAAAAAAAAGCACUAUUAGGUUUCGGUUAAUUUGUUUCCGGCCGUUCGACGAUUGAAAUUGUGCGAUUUUCUGGAAUUUUUAUUCAAAAAAAAAAAAUCUCAAAAGUUGUAUAUUUGAUUGUAGAAAGUGUAAUUAUAGUAGGCGGUGUGUCCGAAAAUCGCACUUGUUUUUUUAAGUCGAACUCAGCUGUCAGAUGACUAUUGAAAAAGUAAUAACACUAUUUUUGACAAGUACGUAACAAAACGUUACAUUCCAUGCGUAUAUUUGUAAUCUUUGUAUCUUUAACAGUUACGAGCUUUGUUGUGUGUUUACAAAUCAGAAAUCAAAUAAUCCGAAUAUCUUUAGGUGUCAUACCACAAUAAUUAUGUAAUACAUAAAUGUAUAAUAAAUAACAAAUAUA